AUGCAUGAUCUCUUAAACAUCCUUCUUCCUGUUUGAGGAGUGUUAAUACUUAUUGAGCUAACUUGAUUUGAGCAAUCUUUUAAAUAAUUUUCGUUUAAAGAAGGCCUGGGUAAGGAUUUAAAUUCAUUGCUUGGUUAGUUGUUUUACAUUGUUACCUUUUGAUUCAAUAAUUAUGAUGUUCGGACAGACUCCCAACUCAAUUAGAAGUGUGUUGAUAUUGUUUGAAUUGUUUCUGCUUGUUCACAUCAGUGUCUGCAAUAGCCAGAAAUGGGAUCACUUCAUGUUUGCCCAGGCGUGGCCCCCAGGUACCUGUGCUGAUGCUGGCAAAGAGCAUCACACAUGCCAUAUAGGAUCACAGGUGAAAAGUUGGACAAUUCAUGGUCUUUGGCCGACACUUGGAGAGACUAAGGGACCAACCAGUUGUAACACUUCAUGGACUUUUGACUUCAGUAAAAUAGCUAGUUUAGCGUCACAGUUGAAGACUUAUUGGCCUAAUUUGUACAACGACACAACCCAAGAUAGCUUUUGGGCGUAUGAAUGGAUAAAGCACGGAACAUGUGGCACAAAUUUACCCGACAUAUCUAAUGAGUACAAAUAUUUCAAAAAGUCGCUAGAUCUGAUUCGAAAAUAUGACAUGGGGGCAAUAUUGAGUGAUAGCAAUGUGGUACCUAGUAAGACAACCAUGUAUAGUUUUGAUGACUUUCUGAAUGCUGUGCAGAAGGCGACUGGAUUUCCACCUGUGCUACAGUGUACAAUCACAGAGCAAAAUGGGGAAAAAUACCAUCUGAUUGAUCAGAUUCAGAUUUGCCUGAAUAAAGACUUCUCCCCACGAUCGUGUUCGGACAACACCGUCUAUCCUCUCGGAUACUACCAUUCCAAGGGAGACAACUCUACCAUGGCCUCAAUUGGGAAGGGAGUGAAGAAUGAUUUGAUUGGUCGACGCAGUCAUCAUCAUUACCAUGGUCCACCACAGUCGAGCUGCUCAAAGAAAUACAAAUUCUACUACCCACCUAUUCACCAAGUCUAAAUGUUUUGUAAAGACCUUCGUUUAUCUAUUUCUUACUCAGGCUUAUUUUCGUAUGCAUGCAUAUAUAAACAAUAUGCAAACAGACCGUUUAUCUAUUUUUUACUCAGGCUUAUUUCCAUAUGCACGCAUAUAUAAACAAUAUGCAAACAGAUACAAUUCAGGUGCUCAUAUACACAUAUGCACUUACGUUUCACACACAUCAAGACAGAGCAGUAAACAUGAACUAUGUUCAACACAUAAUUAUAUGGGUGCAGAUAUACAUACACAGGUUAAAUUACAAAACAAAUUAUACUGGGUUAAUUGUCACUAUGAGUUGUCUGCUGGCAAAAAUUAACCAUUCCACACAACAAUAUCAAACAAUAAUUGGGCUGGCUCAGGUCUCAAAUAAAAGAAAAAAGAAUAAAAUAAAGAAUAAAAAAUGUCGGCCCCAAAAUUGUUUACAAUUACUCAACCUUCGUAGCAGGUACUCUUAUACACACAUGCAAUUACACGCAACAUAGCAAGUGCUAAUAUACACACAUACACAAAUAUACAAUUACACAACAUACAUAGAAGUUGCUCUUGUACACACAUGCAAUUACACAACACAGGAAUAUGUACAAUACAUCUUGACAUAAUUAAUGAUGCAACUUUAA